AUGAACAAAAACGGAGAUUUCACUCAACAGAAAACAGCUGGAAUUGGCAAUGAUGAAGUUGAUGGCAACAAUAUAUGUAGUUUCAGAAAGAAAAAGGGAAUCAAAAGUACCACAAAGCAGUCUCCUCUAUUAGAAAAUGAGAAGAUUGAGCCAUCUCUCACCUCAAAAAUCCCAGAUUGUCAUCCUCUUCAAGGAACCACUGUUAUUUCAGAACCACCACUGCAUCAUUCUCUUCAAAACCUGACUAAUUUUCCUUUGGUAGAAAACCACAGAGGGGACAGAGGCAGUUCCCAUUUUGGCAGCAACGUGAAAGAAGACAUGUCUGGGGAAAUAUAUGACAUCCCAGAAAAUGCUGACAGUGGGAAAAUAGCAAUAGAAAAAAUGCAGGAGGGGACAGAAACGUCAGGUACAACAAAGCUGUCCAUGGCUGUACAAUCCACCAGCAAUACAGAGAAAGUUGAAUGCACAGAGACAGUGUGUGAAGAAGAGGACAGUGAGAAGACAGAGCAUAAACAAGAGGUCUGGGGCAGGAUGGAUGAAGAAAACAGCAAGUUUCAUAUGACAAAGAUGGGUUCCCUGGAGAGCACUGCAACCACACGAGGGAGUGACACUGCAGUGUCUUUUGCACCUGGCAUUUCUAAACAAACUCUACAAGAGCUAAAAAAACUUCUGAGUGAAGGCCCUCUGCCUGCCCAUGGGCCAAAUUACAGAGGCGGGUCAAGUGGCACUGUUAGUCAACAAAACUUGAAGCCCUUGGAGAAAAGAGCUGAAAAACCAGGCAGGCCAUUUGAGAUGCUUAGUCUCCAUUUUGGAAAAGAGAAUCAAAAGUACCACAAUUUUCGCAAGGAGGAAGCAGGGCACCAGAGCAAACCUCUGCUGGUCCUCAGCUCUGCAGGUUCUGACCAGCCACAACCAGCAGGAGGCGAGGUGGAUCAGCCAUUCCUGAAACAACCAGAAACUUCCAUGAGUGCCGAAAGUUCUGCUCCUGAGAUUCUGUUUGACUCUUCUGAAGGCAACUCUGCAUCCAGCAGAGAACCUGAUAUAAACGGCCUCGGAAUUCCAAGCCUCCUUCACCUGUUCUCUCACAUUGAAUUUAUUAAGCAGCAGAUGGCCAGGGACAGCAUACAAUUCGUCAGAUUUGAAUCAAUAGACCUCCAUGGUGUGUCAAGAUCAAAGAAUGUUCCUUCUCGCUUUUUUCAUGAAAAAGCAAUUCAUGGUGUUGCCAUGCCCAGAAGCUAUCUUGAACUGACCCUGAAUCCUAAGGAUAAUGAAAUAGAUUAUAUAAAUGCAACCAAUUUUAAUUGUGACAUAAUCCUGAACCCUGAUUUAUCAACAUUUCGAAUUCUACCCUGGACCGAGCAGACAGCUAGAGUGAUAUGUGAUUCCUUCACUGUACUGGGCAACCCUCUAAUGACCUCACCUAGGCACAUUGCCAAGAAGCAGCUGAGAGAGCUUCAGGACAACGGCUUCUCUCUACACUCUGCCUUCACUUAUGAAUUUUGUAUUUAUGGCAUUACUGAGGUUGUAAAUUCAAAGACAAUAUCCUUUCCUGCAGCAACGAUACUAAAUAACCAUGACCAGACAUUCAUUCAGGAGCUCAUUGAAGGAAUGUAUUGUACUGGGGCCAACAUUGAAAGCUUUUCUUCUUCUAGUGGGCCUGGACAAAUGGAGAUCACUUUUCAUCCAGCAUUUGGCAUAGAUGCUGCUGACAGUGCCUUCACAUUUAGAACAGGCAUUAAAGAGGUGGCUAAGAAGUAUAGCUACAUAGCUAGCUUUUUCUCAGAAUCAGGAUUCUAUAAUUCAGGUGCUCUCUCACAUAGUCUGUGGGAUCUGAAUGGGCAGAAGAAUUUGUUUUCUGCUGGUUAUGGAGCUGAGGAGCUCACAGAUAUUGGAAAAAAUUGGCUAUCUGGUCUCUUGGCACACUCAGCAGCUAUUAGCUGCUUGAUGGCUCCUACCACCAGCUGCCGUAAGCCUUAUUCCAAAUACAGCAAAGAAUCAAAAGAGACUGUAAGUGCAAAAUGGGCAUAUAAUGAUAACAGCUGUGCCUUUAAUGUCAAAUGUCAUGGUGGAAAAGGCACUCGCAUAGAGAAUAAAUUAAGUUCUGCUACAGCAAACCCCUACUUGGUACUUGCGGCUACUAUUGCUGCAGGUCUAGAUGGAGUAAAGAGGGGACUUAGGUAUGAUGAUACAUCCCUGGAAGAAAACCACAUAUCUGGUCUGAAACCUUCAUCCGUCCCUCUGAAGCUAGAAGAUGCUCUUGUGGCACUUGAAAAAGAUUCAUGCAUUAAGGAAGCAUUAGGUGAAACUUUCAUCAAUUAUUUCAUUGCCAUGAAACAUUAUGAACUAGAAACUGAAGAAAUGGAUAGUGAAAGGAAUAAAUGCCUGGGGUAUUUUAUUUAG